AAUACUCAAAAUUCUCGCCAGAAAAAGUCGUGUAAAAUGGUUUUUUUAAACAGGCGAAUUUCGCGCCCAAAUUUUUACUGAGGCUCCCGGGGCCCCCCUGAACAUUUCCCGCGGAGGCCCAAGUUCCAAAAAUGAGAUUUUCCCGGAAAAAUUAAUAUUUUAAAAUUUUUCCACACAACUACAAUCAAACAUUUUACGCACACACUCAAAAAAACUCACCUACACAAAAUGCCAGAGUGAGAAGAACGUAUUUUCUCAUGCUAUUUCGUUUUUUCUUUCCCGCUCCUCGAGAUUCAGCGAUAGCGCGGGAACUGCAAAAAAUCCCGCGGGAAAUUUUGUGUCAAAAAGAAAAGUCCAAAACAACCGUGAAAAAAUUUUUGUGAUUUCAUCCCCUUUGUCACAGAAAAGUCGCCCCCACGGUGCAUUUUAUGUUAAGAUGGCCAUAUUCGAUGCAUUCCACUCGUGUAUGUGGUUCGAAGCCACCAGUAGACGCAAUGCCUUUGCUUCGAUAGUUUCCGGACUUUUCUUCUUUAUCGGUUGGUGGCUCAUUAUUGACGCCUCCACGGAGAGUGGCGGUGGUCUCGAUGGGGCUCAUCACAUCUGUGGCAUUCUCGGUUCCAUCAGUUUCUUCAUGGUUAAUGCCGUCUCCAAUUCUAUGAUUUCAGAAUCAUACACUGGCGGACGACUAAGUCAGCGAGGAGCACGCAUUUGGCUCUUUGUUGGUUUUGUAUUGGGCUUUGCAGCAAUCAUUGCGGCUGUAUGGAUCAUGAUUGCAGAAUUCUCUUUGCCGGAGACACAGGCAAAGUGGCCUGGUGUGGCUCUUCUGCUGCAGAACCUCUUCAUCUUCCUCGGCUCUUUGGUGUAUAAAUUCGGACGAUCCGAAUCUGAUUCAGAGUUUGGCUUCUAGGCGGCCCUUGAACCUUCCUGAAAAGAAAGCAUCUUCAUCCCAGCAUUGAAGAAUUUUUUCUUAAGUUAUUCUUCUUCUCUGCCACUUUUUAGAUGCUAUACACACACGGAGCUCUCCCGAGAAAUUACGGAAAGCCACUCACACCCUAUCCUUGUCUCCUCUUUUUCUAUCAUAUAAAAAAUGUAAUUAUAAUCUGUAUAAUGCAAAUUCUCAUUCAAGGCAACCGCUACCAACGUGGGGUUUCCUUUCAGUGUCCAUCCCUCGACUUGAUCAUGUAACCAUUUUGCAAAUCAUUUUUAGUGUAUUUAUAAUUAUUAUAUUUUACACCAAGGAAACACUUAAUAAAAGGGAUUUCUUGAAAAAAAAAUCAAAAA